UUAUUUUGACAAUCUUGUCACAAUUUUUCGUCGGAUCAAAAUCUUAGAUCAUAUAGUACUAUAUGGUCUAAGAUCAAAAUGCAUUGAUUAUUAAUUGUCAAGUCAACGUCAAGAUUUUACAAUGGGAAUAGAUUAUUACGGAGUUCUAUCAAUACAAAGAAAUAGCAAUGAACUUGAAAUACGUAAAGCGUACCGAAAUUUAGCAUUAGAAUUCAACCCUGAACGGCUCCAAGACGAUGGCACACACAAAAUUUUUGCAUUGAUUGGUGAAGCGUACGAAGUGCUUAGCAAUCCUUUACUAAGGGCUGUAUUUGACCAAUAUGGAGAAGAGGGACUAAAACGAGGAGUGCCUGGACCUGGCGAAUAUAUACCUUCGUACCAUUAUCAUGGAGAUCCCUUGCGCACUUAUAAGGAGUUCUUUGGAACAGCUUCCCCAUAUGCCGACCUCUUGAAUUAUUUAAAAGAUCCUCCUUCAUUAUACGAACUGCCCGAGGUAAGAGGAGUGAGGAAGAAACAACCUCCAAUUUAUCAUCCACUGUGUCUUACUUUACACGAGAUAUAUUUUGGCGGAGUGAAAAAAAUGAAAAUACGACGGCUUCAAUUCAUCGGUUCGGAUUGUAUACUGACUGAGCUGAAGGAAAACAUUUUAUCAGUUCCGAUUAAACCUGGAAUUAAACCGGAAACUUUAAUUAUAUUUCCAGAAGAAGGAGAUCAAAACCCACUACACAUCCCAGCGGAUGUUAUCUUUGUAACGAAGGAGAGAGAGCAUGAGUGUUUCACACGCCAGAAUAACGACUUAAUUAUGCGCGUGGAGAUUUCUCUUGAAGAAGCACUACUAGGUACCACAGUAACUGUGUCGACAAUCGAUCAUCGCACCCUGAGAGUUCCAAUCACCGAUGUGGUGAGCCCAAGUUACGAAAAAGUAGUUGAAAAUGAAGGCAUGCCCAUUUUAGAAAAUCCGGAAAAUAAGGGAAAUUUGAUUAUCAGGUUUACAAUAUCUUUUCCGCAGUACAUUCCCCAAUCAAGCAAGGACGUGUUCCAGAAAGCAUUUCAUUUAGUUAAAAUCGGUGGAGGUUUUCAUCACGAGAUGAUCAAUAAGAUGAUAUUGGCUGAUAAAAUUAUGAGAAUCGAUCCUUGCGAACAACUUCCACCUUUGUAGACUACAAAAUUAAUAAUAG